AUGAGAAUAUCACUUGGAAAGUUUGGGUUGGACUACUGCCAGCUACCAGACAUGAUCUCCAAUGUGUCAACUAUGCUGAGAGUGCUGUCCUUGAAUAUUGACAGCCGAAAUAAGAAGCGUAUCCCAAUCCCCAUCAACAUAUUAACAGUGGCCGUAUGUUCGAUCUAUAUGUACACUUACGUGAUAUCUGGCUUCUGGUUCACUUUCUGGCGCUGCCAGCAGACCGGGGACAUGGCUGCGGCCAUGGUCGCCCUCUCCCUCAACGUUGCCAGUGAAGUCGCUGUUAUUAAACUCUUCUAUAUGAUUUUUAAUGAGAAACUCUUCAAGGACCUGACAGAUAAGUACCUAGCAUGUGACUCACGCACAGUCCCAGGGACCAGGUUUGCACGAAACAUGACGACAGCUCUCCGCAAUGUCAAGAUGCGAGCAGUUGGCUACUGGAUCGUUCUCAUGGUGAACGCCGUACUUUAUAUCAUGAAACCGUUUCUUGCACAUGGUCGGCAUUUAGCGUGGGACGGAUUCGUUGUACUUGGUCUGGACCCGAUGUUAGAGUCUCCCAAUUAUGAACUAGCUACUGCGCUGACAGCGAUAUCAGUACAUUUUAUUUGUUUCACUGUGGCAAACGUCUCAGGUUUCAUCAUAGUCCUCGUCGGCUAUACUGAAGCUCAAAUGCUAUCACUCAGCGAAGAGGUAACACAUCUUUGGGGAGAUGCCAACAACCAUUACCAAAAAAUAAUGAACGAUUUGAGUAAAUUAGAAUCAGUAUACUUGAAAAACAAUAAAGUUUCCGACAAUUGGAAAGAAACUGAUAUACUUCAUGAGUACAUAAGGAAACAUUUAAUAGAUAUCAUAAGAAGACACGCAGUCAACGUGAGUCUGUUAAAAGAAGUCGAAAGUACAAUGAGAGGUCCAAACGCAGUAGGAUUUCUAUUUCUGAUCAUAGGACUAGUAGCAGAAUUACUUGGUGGCUUGAAGAACACAAUAUUAGAGGUACCAUUCACAUUGACACAGUUAGGAGUGGACUGUUUCUUGGGACAGAAGAUAAUGGAUGCGAAUUUGAAGUUUGAGAGAGCCGUAUACGAUUGUAAGUGGGAGUGCUUCAACCAAUUUAACAAGAAGAUUGUUCUGGUGAUGCUGCAGAACUCUCAGAAGACCAUGACCCUGACUGCUGGUGGCAUGGUGACCUUGAGUUUCAGUUACUUCAUGAAUAUUAUAAGAAGUUCAUAUUCUGCGUACACUACGUUAGGGUCUAUGAUUUGAAGCCUCGCUUUGUUAGUUUAGUCAUUAGUCAAUAUACUGUGU